ACGGAAGGAAUUUCAAAUCCGGUAAGAGUUUGCUCGAUUACUUGUUCGAUGAUAAAUUUUUACGGUUGCAUCUUAAACGGCAGAAAAUUGGUCUAGCUUCAAAAUACAGAAUCUGUUUUGGCUUUGGAAAAAAAUAUGGCUUCUACAGAAGGAGCUACGGCAAAAAAAUGUCUCGACGAAAGUUUAACAAACAUCCAGUGGUUGUGCGAGCUUGAGUCGUCUGAAUUGUUGCUUGCGAAGAAAGGGUCCCGCGAGACAGAAGUUACUGCCCCACCUGUGAAUGCACCCCCACACUCACCCAACCCCUACACCAGACCUCCGUACUCCUAUGCAACACUUAUACUCCUAGCAAUUAACAGCACUGAGGAAAAGAGAAUGACCUUGCAGGAAAUAUAUAAAUGGAUUGAGGAGCGUUUCCCGUACUAUACAAAAUGCAAGAAAGCAUGGAAGAACUCUAUCAGACACAAUUUAUCACUGCACAGCUUUUUCCUAAAGGAAAAACGUCCUGCAGACCUACCUGGCAAAGGAAGCUACUGGUCCAUCUCACCAGAAGGCAAAGAAAACAUAAUGCGUGAGGUUAUCAAGCAUGCCCAACCUCUUGUGCAGACACCAUAUGGUGCUGGUGGGCAAGGGCUCAGGCCUAUUCUUCCUAAACCAAGUGAAAAUACUGUGAGCACGACUGUCCCUGCUGCAAGUGAACCAAUGCCUAAAUUAACUGGAAUUUGUUCUUUGACAAGUGGAGGAGCUAUGAUGCCUGUUGUUGUUCUUCCCACCAAUGUCUACAUGUCUCUGGCAGCAAAGAUUGCAAGUGGGAAUGUGAAGGGAAGUUUAACACCACUGGGUUCUGCUUGUAGUACUACACACACUGAGACUCACAACAGUUCACAGAAAAAUCGAGGGGUUCAACAUCAAAAUGAUACAAGUGAUUCCAAUAAUAUGAAUGAUUUAAUGAAUGAGAUUCUAAAUAAUGCCAACUUCAACAAGGUUCUAGAUUCUUUUGAGAGUGACAACACAGAUGAUGAUGGAACUACCUGUGAUGGGAAUAACAACAGCGAGUUGGAUGCCCCUAACAAUCAUAUUGCAUCCAUUAAAACUCCAACACGAAAGAAUCAGAAUAAUGAUGAAAACAUACAUCCAUUAGAACCUGAACAGAAGAAAAAGAAAGGGGAACAUUUCUUGUUUCCAAAACCAUCAUUUCCAAAGAAAAGCACUCCAGUUCAUAGACCAAGCAGGUCUCCAUUGAGGGAAAGAAAUCAGCCUACACUGGCAGCUGUAAAUGAUAUGUGUAUGCCACUAGAUAAGGAUUUCAAGUUCCAGGAGUUAUCUCAGCUCAUGCUCUCACCAGUUUGCAUCCCCAACAAGGCCAACAAUGGUGCCUGCUCAAAGAUUUCAACACCAACUUCUUCAUCACCACUUACUUACUCAUCACUUCGCUCUGGACUCACUCCUUUAAAGUAUGAUUCAGACAGUGGUUUCUUCACACCACUGAAAGAUUCAGACUUUGAGUACUUGCUUUCACCAAAUCAAUUGGACUUUGCUCUUACUCCUGCAAAAUCCUCAGUGGCAACCCCACAGAAAUGCAGAAAGUCAUUACGUCUUGGCACAGUAACAGAAGAAGAGAAUGAAAAUGAUCCCAUGGCUUGGAUGAAUAUUUAAGAAUAUUAUAAAAGUGAUAUUUUAUGGUACCCUGUACAAUCAGAAUUCUCUUUAGUUGCUCUGAAUAUUGCUAGUUUUACCAUUGACAGUUACUUUCCUUGGACAAUUUAGAGAUUUAGCAGCAACAGAAUCAUGUAAAAGUGACAUUUUCAUAAAUUGUUGCUAAAUUUCUAAAUUACUGGUUGUUGUUUCUUAAAGAUAUGUUGGUGUUAGUGUGCUGAAGUGUUAUAUAUUUUCAUUUUUUCAUAAACCCCAACUGGGGUGGAAGCUACUGUUGCCAUUGUGCGACAGCGAUUGUAUUAGAAUAGCUAAAAUUAUAGUGUGACAGCUUAUUUAUUGGAAACCUUGCAAUGCUCUACUAUUGCAACUAAAUACCUGACUUCUUGGUGUCUAUGAUUUGUAAGGUAUGAAACAAUGUAUGUGUCAGGUCAGCUACUAGGGUGAUUUAGAUCCACGUUGGCAAGGCAAGAGGACAUUGCCUCGUGUAUGUGCGUAUUCUUCGGGACAGCAUUUCACGCUUUUUCACAUCCUCUUCAGGACAGGACGCCGUAAAAAAAUUGAAUCUUGAAUGCUGAAAGAUCCAGUGGUCACAAAGUACACUGGACUUUGAGCAUGGCUGGCAUAAUGGAUUUAAAUCACCUUAUUAUAGUAAUGUGCAUUUUUAACCCUACAAGGAAACCUUUUUUAAUGAAACGUACAAAAUAACUGAAUUCAAUAACUUAUGUUGUGAUUUGAAAUGCUUCUUGGUUUGAAAUUGUUAAAACCAGUUUGAAAAAAAUUCAAACCAAGAAGCAUUUCAAACCACAACAAAUGUGGCAUGGUUUGAAUUUUUUUCAAACUGGUUUUAACAAUUUCAAACCAAGAAGCAUUUCAAACCACAACACUUACACUUUGUGUAACCAAAAGUAUUGUAAUAGCCUAAUGUUGUUGUUGCUAAAUACCUACUAAUUUCUGGUACAUGUUUCACUUAAAUUAUGCUUCUUUUGUAAAAGUUUAUAUACUGUACUGCCUAUAUUUUACACAUGACUGUAUACAAAUCAGAUUGAAUUUGAAAACAAUUGUCCAAUAUCUCACA